GCAAAAGCAUUGGGAAUUUGGAUGAAAUGACCCCCAGCUUAGACAUCCCGGUCCAGGAUUUGCCCUGGAAUAUGUUCCAUCUCCCAAAAAGCAUCUGGUUUGUCUGUGUGACCCUCAUCUGUUUAAACCACCAGGAGAAACAAACACUCCUGAAAGAGGAACCAGAAAGAGAAAUAAUUUAAAAAGAGAAAAAAUAGAAAGAAACCAAAACCACCUUGUGUUUGCACCAGCAGGUUCUGCUGUCCAGCACUGCAGGAAACUUGUUUUUCCUCUUUUUACCCCAAAACAACUGGAAUUGCAUGGUCAGGGAUGGCCUCACCUCCCUGCGAUCUGUGGGCUGGGAAAACAGAGGUGUAAAAUCAUCAGUUUGGAAGAAAAUUAGUAGAAAACCAGCUUCUCUUUCAUAAUUUUCACUUCCCAAUUCCUGCCCCCCCCCCCCCCCCCCCCCCCCCCAAUCUGGUAUUUCAGUUGUCAGGGAGGAGAACAAACCUGAUUUAAAUCCUCCUUUGCUUAAAAAAACCCAACCCAACCCCAAAUCCCUCCCAUCUCAUAAAGGGGUUUCGGCGUCACUUGGAAAUUUUAAAAUCAGCAGGAUUUUGAGCUGGUUUGUUUUAGUAAUUGAUAUGUUAAUGUAUUUGUAGCCCUCUUGGUGUGACAGUGCUGGAAUUUGCCAGCCCCUGGAAUUUGCUAGGCAGAAGGAAAACUGUGAUCCCAUGGGAACAAGUGUUACCUGCUAACAAAGAUGGGAUUGAAACCCUGGGGGUUCUGGGAGUUUUUGGGUCGCUCUGAGGGAUUUUUGGGCUCAUUUGUGCUUCCCUGGGAGGAGGCAACAAAACAAAAUAGAGGAAAAUGCCCUGUUUGGGGGAAAACCAAAGGAGGAGCUGCUGGAUUGAGUGGGAAAGGGACUGGAAGAGCCCAUUUCUCCUCCACUGCACUAGUCCCUGUCUUUGGGGGGGUUUUGGCAGCCAGGUUUGGUCUUCAGAAGCCAUGUGGGGUCUUUCAAAGCUUCUUGGGAUCUUGGAAAGCCUUUGGGGGGGUCUUUAAAAUCUUCUCAGAGUCUUUGCAACCCUUCUGGGGUCUCCUAAAGCUUCCCAGUAACUUACGACUCUUUGGGAUUCUUUGCCAGCCAUGCAAGGUCUUUGUAGGCUUUUUAAGGUCUUUGCAAGGCUUUGGGGUCUCUUAAAGCUUCUUUGGGGUCUUUGGGAGCCUUUGUGGCUCUAAAGUGUUCUCAGAGUCUUUAGAGCUCUGCUGAGGUCUCCUAAAGCUUCCCCGGGACUUUACAACCCUUUUUCUUUGUGACCCGUUCAGGACCUUUCAAACGUUCUUUAGGAUCUUUGCAAGGCUUUUGGGGGUCUCUCAAAGCUUCUUGGGAUCCUUGCAAGCCUCUGGAGGUGUUCACGGAGCUGCUGGUGUUGGGAACAGGCACGAGGACCUGCCUGAUCCGUCUCAGUGAAAUCCUGGGUGACUCCAUCCCUGGUUUGUUAAAUCAGCCUCAGUUUGUGCUGCCAGAACGGGGGUUUUCAGGAGGCAAAAGUGCCUUUAGCGCUGCAGCUCCGCUCUGGGCUAUCGGGUGGGAGAUCAGCAGCCUGCCAGGACACAGAGAUAUCCAUGGAUAUCCGCAGGGAGAUGUCUGGAGGCUCGUGGUUCCCUGGCUGUGGUCAGGCUGGUCAGAGGAGUUCUCUGGGUCCGUCUCAAGAUCAGAUCAGCCAGAUUAGGAGCUGCUCUGCAUGAACUCCCUGCUGCUGUGGGAGCUCUGCCUGCCUUCCUUUCCAGCCCCUGGGAGCAGAUCCCAGCUCUGGGGCUUGCAAACAGCCCCACGGAGCUGAUUCCAGAGGGUUUUCCCUGAGGAGCACCCGGAGGUGGGUCCCUGGGGGGUUCACACCCAGGGGGGCUGGAUCAGGGAUUUUGGGGUCAUUCUGUGGCUCCCUCGUGUAGGCACGAACCUUAUUCCAGUGAGUAGGAGGGAAAUGUUCCCCCAUGGAGACCUUCCAAGCUGACCUUUCAUGUUUAGGAGGUGCAAACAGGUGCCCAUCCCGAGAGAGCCACGAGGCGCUGCCUGUUCCUGCCCGUUCCUGCCCGGAAUUUGGGAAGAGGCAGCUCCGAGGAGGCCAAACCAACGCACUGGGGAGGAUGAAGGCAAAGCUGAGCCCCCCCCGGCAUUGCUGCUGCCUCUGGAGGUCUUUGCAACACGCCCUGGAGAGGGGGGUGUUUAUAGGGAUAUUUAUAGGGCAGCCAACUGAAUGCAAAGCUGGGGCAGAGCGUGGGCAGGGUGAGCACGGGGGGACGUGCACGGCUCCAGCCCCGGGGAAAAGCAGUUUUAUGGGAUGCUUUGCUCCUGGAUUAUGGUAUGGAGCCUCUCUGCAGGCAGACACCUGUGUUUUGUGGAGGAGAAAGGACGGAGGGGGAUUUUUGGGGCUUUCUGGUUGCAAAGCUGGGAGAUUGGCACCAAAAAGCUCUUUUUACUGGUCCAAACCAGCGUCUCCCCAUUAUUCCCUGGCUUCCAACUGGGAUGGGGAAUGCUUGGUGGCUGUCUGGGAUGCUCCAGCCCUGCUGUUACAGCUAUGUGCCUAAAGAAAAUAAACCCUCCUGCAAACCCCAGCGGGACUUGAUAACUGGUUUGAUGUCUUGCCCUAUUGCAAGUAAUUAGGCUGACAUGGCUCUUAAAAGUUCCUGCCUGCAAUUAGACAUGCAGAGUAAUAAAUAAGGGGUAAUUAUCGGCUUAGGGAGAUUAUCAAACUUUCCUUGACGGAGUGGUGGUGCAGGAUGGGUGAGAAGAAACGCCCCAGAGGGAUCUGAGCUAUUAAUGGGAUUCCCGGGGCAGCACUGAGGGGGGUCGGGUCUGGCUCAGUCGUGGCUAAAACCAGGCUGAUGUUGGGCAAAAGCCAAAGUCAGGCCCAAAAGCAGGCGGGCCGAGCUCCUGCAGUUUGAUGGACAGGCAGGAUCCCGUCUGUCAUGUCCCAGGGAUCUUAAUGGCAACUUUCUCAGGACAAGGUGUUAUUAGGAAGAAACACUCAGCUCUGAAUGGGCCCGAUGACUUAAAAUGCUCAUUCUGCCUGUGCACAGGCAUGUCGGGCUAAUAGCAGGUGGAGGAGGAAGAGGAGGGGAGUGGAGGUCCCACCCAACCCAGACGAGGUGUUUGGGGCCUGCCCGAGCCCCUGCAGGGAUUGUGGCAGCUCCAAAUGCCUGGGACUGACCAUGCUGGAAAAAUCCACCCAGACCCGACAGAGCUCUGGGCUCUGCGUGUCCAUCCCUCCUGCCCGGGUGUGAUCCCAGGGGGAUUUGGAGAAACACUCUCUGCUGAAGGCCCUGGUGCUCCCUGGGAGCCCGAAACCACCGUCUUCCCCCUCCCUGCAGAUUACAGACCACGCCGGCCUGACCCUGUGGGGAUUAAGGUGUGUUCCCUGUCCGGCACCAGGAACCAGCCGAGCAGGAUACGGGGCUCCAAUCCCAGCAGGCAGCAAGCUCAGCACCGUGCCCAGUCCAAACCAGUGAGACCAGCAGCCACGAGUGGGGAGCCCAACCUGCAGCUCCCUUCAGGAGAGAUGCUGCCGUGGCCAAACUCGUCCACAGAGGAUGCUCUGGGAACUCCUCACCCGCUUUUCCAGCUCUGCUUCUGCCCAGCUCCAAGUUUUGGGGAUCCACGAGGUCCUUGAGAACCAACACAAUUCCCAAAUCUAGGAACACCAGGAGUUUGGGUUGGGCUGGUGUUUGGAAAAUGGGGUUUUAUCUGAAAUCUCCAGCAAGGAGAGCUCUGGGAGAGCCCGGAAACCCCACUGGUGUUCCCCACCGGAGCAUCCCGCCGCUCGUCCAGGCUCCCACGAACUUAUUAAAGCUGUUCUCGCAUCCGAGACACAGAGCUGGGGUUUUGUUGCUGCAAUUAAAGUCGGAGGGAGCCCUUUAAUGUGUCCUGGCUGGGAGAUGUGUAAAGCAACCAGUUUGAUCUCCCAGGGGAACGGCGGCUCCUCCGGCUGAGCACGCGCUGCUCGCUGCCCUGCCGGGGACAGGGCCCCCGACUCUGCUGAGCUCACUUGGACCUUCCCAGCUCCCAGGGGGUCCUACCACUCCCAAAACCGGGUUUCUCCUCAUUCCAGCCCUCUCCUGCCCAUUGCAUCCCUAAACUGAACACAUCCCCACACGAGAAUGAGCCAUGUGGCAAUGGGACACUCUCAGUCCCUGUGUUGCCUUUUCCUCCAUCUCAGCUCCAUCCCCCAGACCUCCUUCCCAUCUCAGUCUUGCCUGGCUUCCUCUUUGCAGGCAGGCAAAUCCUCCUGGGAUGACCUGGAGAGAGAUGGCUAUCUCCAGCAAUGCCACCUUCCAGCGGAGGGGAUGAUUCUCAUGGGAUCUUUGCCCAAAAAACCCCAAUCCCCUGAAACACAAGGUCCAAGCGAAACACGGAGAACUUUUAAUUUCCAUGGGAAGCCUCCUGUUGGUUUGUUGUUUGUUGUUUUCCCCUUCCCUGCCAAACAAGCAGUUUUCCCUGUGCCUGUUUCUGCCCGUCUUCGGUCCUCGGGACUCCUUCUGAUGGGAAGGAGCGACCUGAGCAAACAUUUCCUUUAGUCCAGCUUUGUUCAGGCUUUGCCCCGAUACUGCAGCCGAGGCCGUGAGUCACCUGUGCAGAGGCCACACGGAAAAUUUGGGUUGUUUUAAAGAAAAAGCUUCAUUUCAAUGAUAAUAUUGUAAUAACCCCAAACAAGCCCGUCGUACUGCUGGAGGAGUAACACAUGUUUAAUGCAUUAGAGCCUUGGAGGGUUUAGAUAGAGCCGUAAAGGAAUGAAAAGGGGGAGAAGGAAUCCCUAAAAGCUCAGUGCUGAGCAUCCCAGGGCAGGGCUGGGUGUCACCUCUACCCCAUGUCCCCUCCCUGGGACUGCCCUAUCGCCUCCAUCUCCUCGAGUGGGGCGGCAGCUCGUUGGGUGCUGGAGGUGCUGGAGGUGGAGACAGCAGGGUCCCCUGGCCGAGCCCCGUCAUCGAGGGAAGGAGGAGUUAAAUUCCCCUGUCUUUUAAUCCAGUCCUGCUGGUUUCCCUGCAAAGCCAGGCAGCAGUUUCCCUCCCAUGCAGCCACCGUGCCCGGCACACCAUGCCCCAGCGUCACGUCAUGCAGAUGUCCACCAGCCACGCCACCUACGGCGUCUGCGUUCUGGGCACCGAGGUCUUCCUCGACACGCGCCGAUCUACCCCCAAAGCUGCCACGUCAUUUGACGUCCACGCCACCUCGGCGGUCACGGUCCACAUCAUCCACAGCCCCACCACAAAGCCCAUGAUUAACUCCAGGUGGCCCCUGGAUCCUGACAUAGAGGUCGUGGUGACAAUCGAUGUCACCAGCAGGACCGUCAAUGACAAUAAGGUUAAGAUCUCCUACUAUGGCCGGGAGGGCAACGAGCUGGCAGUGGCCUGGCUGUACCUCACGUGUGUCGAUGUGUCCCUAGACGUGGACUGGAGCCGGAGCGGCAGAGUGAAGAGCAAAGGGAAGGACAAGGCCAAGUGGACAUGGGGUCCGGAUGGACAUGGUGCUGUGCUGCUGGUCAACUGUGACCGGGACAGCCCCGGCACGGGGGGGCCGGACAGCGGCCAGGCGGACAUACGGACCCCCGCAGACCUGAAGGACAUGUCCAUCAUGCUGCUGAGGACCCAGGGGCCCAGCGCCACCUUUGCCGAGUACCAGGUGGUCCUGCACAUCUCUGAGACGGACGCGGAUAAAGUGCGGGUUUUCCACGCUAUCCGGAGUGACUCACACCCCCACUACAAGCCCGUGCUGGGGCCGGACAAGCUCUCCUACGUGCUGGACCCUGUGGGCAGUGGGGAGAACACCUUCUAUGUGGAAGGGUUGGCCUUCCCCGACAGGGGCUUCUCUGGGCUCGUUUCCUUCAGUGCCAGCUUGCUGGAGGUCCCCCACAAGAAUUCCCCGGGCACCCCGAUUUUCACGGAUACGGUGGUUUUCCGCGUGGCUCCCUGGAUAAUGACCCCCAACACCCAACAGCCUCUGGAGGUUUUUGUCUGCAGCAUCAAACAAGGCUCAGAUUCAAACGAGGCCUUUCUGGAAGGGAUCAAAGUCCUGCUGAAGAAAGCCAACUGCAAGCUGACCAUCUGCUCGGAGCAGGACACCCGGAGCGACCGCUGGAUCCAGGAUGAGCUGGAGUUUGGCUAUGUGGAAGCGCCACACAAGACCUUCCCCGUGGUCUUUGACUCUCCCAGGAACAGAGGAUUGAAGGAUUUUGCCUUUAAGAAGAUCCUGGGCCCUGAUUUUGGCUACGUGACCCGUGAACCCCCCGGGAGAAACAUCACCAGCCUGGACUCCUUCGGCAACCUGGACGUCAGCCCCCCAGUGACGGUGCGAGGGAAGGAGUAUCCCUUGGGAAGGAUCCUGAUCGGCAGCCCCCUGCCUUGGGCCGCGGGCCGGAGGAUGUCCAAAGCUGUCCGGGAUUUCCUGUACGCCCAGAAGGUGCAGGCACCAGUGGAGGUUUACUCGGAGUGGCUGAGCGUGGGCCACGUGGAUGAAUUCCUCACCUUCGUCCCGGCCUUCGACAGGAAGGGAUUCCGGCUCCUCCUGGCCAGUCCCAAUGCCUGCUACAAGCUCUUCAAGGAGAAGCAGAGGCAGGGCCACGGGGAAGCCACCCAGUUCAUUGGGCUGAAGGGCAGCGAGAGGAGGAGCAUCGAUGAGAUCCUGGCGGACGAGUCACUCAAGAGUGACAACAGACACGUACAGCGCUGCAUCGACUGGAACCGUGACCUGCUGAAGCAGGAGCUGGGCCUGAGCGAGCAGGACAUCAUCGACAUCCCCCAGCUCUUCAUCCUCAUGGGCUCCCGCGCCGACGCCCUCUUCCCAGACAUGGUGAACAUGCUGGUGCUGGGCAGGCACCUGGGCAUCCCCAAGCCCUUCGGGCCCAUGGUGGGCGGGCAGUGCUGCCUGGAGCAGCGCGUGCGGGAGCUGCUCGAGCCCCUGGGCCUCACCUGCACCUUCAUCGACGACUAUUUCUCCUACCACGUCCUGUCCGGGGACGUUCACUGUGGCACCAACGUCCGCAGGAAGCCCUUCCCCUUCAAGUGGUGGCACGUGGUGCCUUGAGGCCCCCGGGGACACACCCAGGUCCUGCCACCGGGGGUUGAAGCUGCGUUUGGUGCAUCGGAAGAUGCAUCAAAAUGAAGGGUUUUACCAAUAAAGCUUCUU